AUGCUCAGCCUCUACCGCAUCCUAACCAGUUGUUUUCCAUGUCCAAUCCACCUCGCCCCAUCUGCUGCUCAACGUGCUGCUGCUAUUUUUCUUCAGCCCCUCCCCAAGUCGUUCGUCGCCCUGCUAUCAUCUGGCGAGCUGCCCCUUCUCUGCUGCCGCCAAACCGUGCUUCACGCCAGCCCCCCCUCCACUCGUUUGUCGCUCUUUCAUCAACCUGUGAGUGCACAUUACUCUCGGAAUCCCCACGCCUCGCAUUACACUCCACGCACUGGAGUGAAAGCGCUACAUUCUGGGAAACC